AUGUCUUCUUGUGAUCACUGUAAAAAACGUUUUAUAGGAUACCCGGAAACGUUCUGUAGAAGAAAAUUUAGACCUCAGCAAGAAUGUGAAAACCCGGCCAUUCGGGAAUUUCUUCAAGAUAUCCAAGAAAACUCAGCAUUUUGUAAUAAUUUUAUCGAUUGGGUCCCAGAUUCUGAUGUAAAUUAUGAAAAGUCACAUAGAAGGAAUGAAUUUUCAGAGAUAUUUCUGGGAAAAUGGAUGCCACUAUCGAGUCUAAAUAUUGUUCUUAAAGUUUUAAGAGAUUCACGAAAUAUUGACCAUAAGUUUCUUAAUGAGUUCAGAAUACAUCAUCAAUGCCUUGGAAAAUGUGCUAUACCUUUUUAUGGGUUAACAUUAUAUAAGAAAACUCUGGAUUAUGCAAUGAUAAUGAAGCGUGCUGUUCAUGGUGAUUUAUGCAACUAUAUUCAUACUCAUAAAUUUAAACUCUCAUGGACAGAAAGAAUAAAAAUACUUGUCAAUAUUACAGAGGAUUUAGAGCAUCUUCAUAAUCUAAAUUUGGUUCAUCAUGAUUUUCACUGUAAAAAUAUUCUUGUUGAUGAAGAAGAUAAAAUAUUUAUUUGUGAUUUUGGGCUCUCUUGUGCUAUAAAUUCACAAACAGUUCAUGACGUUAAUUUGGCUCUUAAGAUUGUAAUGGGCGGUCGUCCUGAAAUCACUAAUGAUACCCCAGAACCUUAUAAAGUUGUAAUGGAAAAAUGCUGGGAUAAUGAUCCAUUAAAAAGGCCAGAAACAUCAGAAUUAUUACAGAUAUUUAGCGAUAUGCCAAAUGAUUUGCGACAGAAUAUAGAAACUAUUCAAAGUUUUAGAUCCAAUGACGAACAAGAUACUCCCGUUGCUGAUAAUCCAACAAGCAUAAAUAUGGACUAUCAAACAAGACAGUUUGAUAUUGACAUAAGGCUAGACAGUGAUUCUGACAUGUAUGAACAGGAAUCAGUACGAAAUAAUGAAUAUAAUGUUUGGCAAUCAUUAGAAUCCUUAUCAGACGAUUUCUUUAACUUGCCAACUAGAUCAUUUUUGGUAGAAUCUUUAAUACAUUUAUCCUUAUCUUCGUCAUCUGAUGACAUGCCAACUAUAUGUGAUCAAGUACCAUCUCUUUUGGAUCUAUCUAACCUUUUUGCUGUGAUAAGCGAUAUUUCUAAUCCAGAUGUGCAAAAUGAACUUUCAGAGAAAUGA